AUGAUUUCACUGAUAUACCCUUCUUCGUCCUCCUCUCUGUUCCAAAACAAGUACAAUAAUUCUUCUCUCACAUUCCCAUGGAAGCUAAAUCCAUCGCGACGUCUCUUUGUCGUGACCGUGUAUUGAUAUUCCCGAGUUCUCCUCGCUCUUCUUUCGUUUCUACAUCCCGGCUCUCUCGCUUGCCUCUCAAGCGUGCGUCUAUCGGUGGUGCUGCCUCUUGUUCCGGCGUCAAUGGCUUGACUCGGUGGAAUUCCAUUGUUUCGACUCGCCGACUCGUUCCUGUUCGUGCUAUUGACUCGGAACCAGACUCCGACUUCCCUCACGAGAAUCAGCAGGGAAAUCCAGGUUUGGGGAAAUUUAAGGAAUACCAAGAAUGGGAUUCAUGGACGGCCAAAUUCUCCGGUGGAGCAAACAUUCCAUUUCUCAUGCUGCAAUUGCCACAGAUCAUCCUCAAUUCCCAGAAUCUUUUGGCGGGAAACAAUACCGCUCUUUCCGCUGUCCCAUGGCUGGGAAUGUUGACUGGUUUGUUAGGAAACCUUUCGUUGCUUUCUUAUUUUGCUAAGAAGAGAGAAAAAGAAGCAGCUGUUGUGCAAACACUGGGAGUGGUCUCUACUCACAUUGUGCUUGCACAGCUCACAAUGGCUGAAGCAAUGCCUAUGCAGUAUUUUGUUGCCACUUCAGCCGUUGUCACCAUCGGUCUCAUAUUGAACUGUUUGUACUAUUUUGGUAAGCUUAGCAAAACUGUGUGGCAACUGUGGGAAGACUUUAUCACUAUUGGUGGACUCUCUGUUCUUCCUCAAAUCAUGUGGUCAACUUUUGUCCCUCUUGUACCAAACAGUAUCUUGCCUGGGACAACUGCUUUUGGUAUUGCUGUAGCAGCUAUAAUUAUGGCUCGAACUGGGAAACUUUCAGAGAAAGGUGUUAGGUUUGUCGGGUCUUUAUCUGGAUGGACAGCAACUCUUAUGUUCAUGUGGAUGCCAGUUUCCCAAAUGUGGACAAAUUUCCUAAACCCGGACAACAUAAAAGGCUUAUCGUCAAUUACAAUGUUGCUCUCGAUGAUGGGAAACGGGCUUAUGAUCCCACGAGCUCUAUUUAUCCGUGAUUUGAUGUGGCUCACUGGUUCGCUAUGGGCAACUCUCUUUUAUGGAUAUGGAAAUAUCCUUUGCUUAUACAUGGUAAAUUGCACCAGCAAGUCAUUCUUCGUGGCGGCUACAAUUGGGUUGAUCUCAUGGAUAGGACUGGCUUUGUGGAGAGAUGCAGUGGCUUAUGGUCACAAUUCGCCGUUUAGAUCUUUGAAAGAACUCGUUUUUGGACCAUAAUGAAUGAGUGUACACGCCAUAAACUCCGUUGUUCGCAAGUCCAUAGGUUUUUACAUGUAUUUUUAUUCUUUUUCCUACGUUGUAUAAAACGACUAUUUUGUGUAAUUUCAUGUAUUUUUUUUACUUGAAUCAUGUACAAGUACUAAAAUAAUUAUUCAUAU